UCAACAUUAAUCACAGAAGGCGCACCACUGAAGAUAGAGCUAAAUUCAAGAAAAGAAUCCCUCCUCCUCGACACCAUUCCCUUUAAAAUAAAAAGAAGAGAAGAAUCCCUCCUCGUCGACACCAUUCCACCAUUGAGGAAAAUAGAGAAUUCUAUUUCAACAUCAUUACGCCAUUGCGAAAAAUAGAGAAUUCUGUCACAACGCUGCAAGAUGAGCUCUGCACAGUUUUUUCAAAUGGAAAUUAAGGUUCCCGAACAAGCAAGGGCACUGGUCAUUGGGACAAGAGGGCGAAGGAUCAAAACAUUUCGAUCAUCUGCAGGAAUUUCUUCAGCUGUGCUUCUGCCCUCUGGCAAAUUUCAAGUUCGUGGCGAUACCAGAGAAGCUGUGCUUGGAAUCGUUACUUCCGUUAAACGUCUGAUAAGCCGUGCUGUUGCGAGCAAAUGCACGGGAUACUUCCCCCAAUUUUACCGCACUUGUUUUUGUAAAUCUGUUGAGAAUCCCCUGCUUGCCGUCGACAGAGUUUCCUUUGAAAAUUAUACAGGUGAGAUUUCAUCCACUCCUGAGAACGAUAGACAACAUUUGUGUUUCAAGAGUGGGGAAGAGACGACAUCAGCUUCGCCUUCUUCUGAUGAUAAUCUGGCGGCUACAUUUUCCAGCAAGAUGUCAGUUUACACAGAGUUUCUUCCACAUUGGGACAUUUCAGCUUAUAAAUCAGAUCUGUUAUCAUGCUUUGAGGAUCAGGACAUGAUGCGAAAUCUCAAGAUGAUCGUCAGAUUCGGCAAAGAUAUCUUCCACGGCCGCGGCUGCCAAGAAUUGUUGGACGGGGGUUUCGUUUCGGUCUCCGAUUUACAGCAACUUUGCAGAAAACAUCUCUUGAAGCGCGGAUUUUCCAACGCUUGUUCAGAAGGCGCCGUAAAGAAUGCAAAGCUUCACCUGGAAAGGCUUGAUUACGUGAAGGUUUCCUCCCGCACGAAAAUCAGUAUUCAUGUCACAGAUCGGGGAGAGCAGCCGCUCAAGCGUUUUAAUAUCUCAGUGCGUUGCAUCGGAGAGCAAGGGGUUGUGCACAACACUGAAGUUCAACGAAUCCUUUGUUCAAAAGACUAUUUCCAGGUACUGGAUGUGGAUUUGGAUGCAUCUGCUGACGAUGUUCAGAAAGCCUAUCGAAAAUGUCUGUUAAAGAUCGAGUUUCAUGCAGGCGAUCUGGCCGCCGCCGAAAAGGCCAAGAAAUCGGCCAAGAAAGCCUCAGAUUGCUUGAUGGAUGCUGUGCAGCGAGAAAAGUAUUUCAAGAAUUUUUAUUCGCCGAGUCAGUUGAAUCCAUUUGUCGCUCUUUCUGUUUCUCCUGUGAAGGCGGAGAUCAGUAGGGUUCGGAUGGAGCCGAAGAGGCACGGUUUCGUCAGCUUCUGUAGAGAGGGCCAAGAUGCAACUGACUUCAGGCUAGGGGUUAUGUCGCACGGCAGAGAGAUGGAAAGACAAGAAGAUAUGGUUAAAUGGGUGGAAGAUGCGUGGGCGAAUCGAACCCCUGACCAGCGGCUUGUUUUCAAUACCGCCAGUCGGUAUGAAGUUACCAAUCUACGGUAUAAAGAGACGGAGACGUAUGUGACGGAGGACUUCAAGUUCCGUAUCGCAAAUGUGAGUGAAGUGGAGGGCGAAACGGAACGGAAGAGACGGGAGUGUGCUCUGAGCAGUCGUUGGUCGAAAUGGAAUGAUGGAAUGGGUGACAACAUGGAUUGUAUGGUCACCAAUGACGUGGUUAAUCUGGUGAAGGAAGCUUUCAAGUUCAGUCAACUCAUGACUCCACAUUAACUGCAAGCGGUCUUGCUAGUUUAGUGGUAUGGAGAUUGACGGUUUGCAGCCUGUUUUCAUGGCUGGACCUCAUUCUUAAUUAUAUUAAGGUAAAGUCUAGCUUGCAAACUUCUUGUGUUUACAUUAUACAUGAAAUUCUCGCAGUUUAAGUUCAAACUCUCUAAGAAAAUUGUUAUAGAUUUUCUUUACAAUUGAAAUUCAAAUUUUCAUAUAGUAUAAAAUUUGGUUGUUAGAAAUGUUUUAAACUAAAUAAAAUUAUGUGGUGAUUUAGUGGA